UGCUUCGGUCUGGCGGCCGCCAUUGCCCGGUUCGCUGCUAUACUCUGGCUUCGUCCCACCGGAUUAUCUUUCAUUUAUUUCCUUCGUAGCCCUCGGCCGUGCUUGUUCAGUCCGGGGCACGGUAGUUUUUCUCACACUCUGGGACCCAGACGCGGCCCUGACAGGCCUCAUUCCCACAUACGGGCUGGAGCUCAGGCCUUAUCCGCCCGAGAGGCGAUUGCCCAGCUGGCUUUAUAGGCUUCCAUGAAGUCCGCCUGCUCCUGGAUGUCAGCUCCUGCAUCUAGUUCCAAGAGCUUGCUGUGACGGCACUGGUGGUGUCAUGAAGGUAGUGCCUGAGAAGAAUGCUGUCCGGAUCCUGGCUGGACGGGAGAGGGGAUUGCAAGCUCAGGGAGCCCAACGUCUUCUCCAAUGCCUGGUGGAGGAUAAGACUCGGUUUAUGAAAUGGGAGGGCAAGAAGGUGGAGCUUCCCGACAGCCCGCGUUCUACAUUCCUACUGGCUUUCAGCCCAGACAGGACUCUGCUAGCUUCCACCCAUGUAAAUCACAACAUUUACAUCACAGAGGUUAAGACUGGGCGCUGCAUCCAUUCUCUCGUGGGGCAUCGGCGCACUCCAUGGUGUGUGACUUUCCAUCCCACCAUCCCAGGACUCAUUGCAUCAGGGUGCCUUGAUGGCGAGGUUCGAAUUUGGGAUUUACAUGGCGGGAGUGAAAGCUGGUUCACGGACAGUAACAAUGCAAUCGCCUCCCUGGCUUUCCACCCCACAGUACAGCUGCUGCUUAUCGCCACCGCCAGCGAGAUUCACUUCUGGGACUGGAGCCGGCGAGAACCUUUUGCUGUGGUAAAAACGGCCAGUGAAAUGGAGCGUGUACGAUUGGUACGAUUUGACCCCCUUGGGCAUUAUCUUCUUACUGCUAUUGUAAACCCCUCUAACCAGCAGAGUGAUGAAGAGUCGGAGAUCCCCCUGGACAGUGCAGAGAUUCCCAUAUACCGGCAGCGUUCCCUGCUGCAGACUCAGCCAGUGCGCAGGACUCCUCUGCUACACAACUUUCUGCACAUGCUCUCCUCCCGAUCGUCAGGUACCCAGGCAGGAGAGCAGCCACCUGUGCAGGAUUCUGCCACGCCGUCUCCUCCACCCCCUCCACCUCCACCACUGCCUCCCCCAUCAAAUGACAGCAACCAGCGGGUUUUGUAUACCCGCAUCCGAGAGCGAUCCCCAGGAGUCAGUACUCCCUGCUGCCAAGACCCCAGUAUGUUGUGCCUCUGUAUCCGCUGCUCCAGUGCACGGCUGUCUUCUCCUCUCUUCCCACACCCAGAAGCACCAGGGGCUCCUUCUACCUCUUCAGGGGUUACUUCCACUUCUUUCUCCCCAGUGCAGACAGAACCCUCGCACUCCUUGGAACGGCAGCAGCAGCAGCACCAGUCCUCCGCUCAACACGAUCAUGGUCUUCUGAGCCGCCCUUCUGCCUUCAGCAGCGUGCACAGCAGCACAGCCGGCAACACACUGCGUAACCUGAGCCUGGGGCCUACCCGCCGGUCACUAACAGGGCAGCCUUCCCGCUAUCAGCAACCAUCCACUGAUUUGGCUGGUUCUGAAUGGACUCGCACUGUGCUGAGUAUGGGACCUCGACCGGAGAUGGAACCCAUGCCGCCACCCAGGACGAGUGCCUCUUCUGUCAGCAUCUUGUCUGUUCUGCGACAGCAGGAGGGAGAAACGUCCUCUUCUGUAUACACCUCAGCAACAGAGGGGAGAGGAUUCUCUAGCUCUGAGUCUGACAGCUCUGCCGCUCCACCACCUGUUCACCCCACAACCACUCGAACUGAACUUCAGUGUGACCUGAGACGCUUCUUCCUCGAGUAUGACAGGCUUCAUGAACUGGAGCCAGGAGCACCGGGAACAACACAGGGACAGACUCACGAGAUGCUUAACAACAACUUAGAACCUGAGCAGCCUGGGCCAUCUCAUCAACCCCCACAAGCUCAUUCAGGCGACAGCACCUCCAACCAGCCCCGUGGACACAUUAAUCGCUGCCGUGCGUGCCACAACCUGCUGACCUUCAACAACGACACACUGCGCUGGGAAAGGACACCCCCAACUUAUCCGGAGACAGCAGGAACCUCUACUUGGCAGCCUCCACCCAUUCCUCCCCCAAGCUCUUUCCAGGCCGGUCUCGCCGCUGGCAGCACAGAUCAUCCUGGAACGCCCAGGGUGGAGAGAGUGGACCUAGGAAGCAUGGCAGCAAGCAGUAACCGUCUGGAAAAUGGGACUACACAGGAGGAGAGAACAGUAGGCGUGGUGUAUAACCCAGAGACUGGACACUGGGAACGUGUCUACAGCCAGCCAGCAUCUGUUAGCAGAGCUCCGAAUGUAUCCCAAGAGGCCUUACCACAAGAUCUGCAGGAGGAGAGCACAGAGGAGGAUUCUCUCAGAAGGAGGCUUUUGGAGUCUUCGCUGAUCUCUCUAUCCCGAUACGAUGCCACCGGCUCUCGAGAGCAUCCAAUCUACCCUGACCCAGCCAGGUUGUCUCCAGCUGCCUACUACGCACAAAGAAUGAUCCAGUACCUGUCACGGAGAGACAGCAUAAGGCAACGCUCUAUGAGGUACCAGCAAAACCGCCUGCGCACCUCUGCCGUCUCAUCCUCCAGCGAGGCUCAGGGAGCAGUAGAGACUGGAGAUUUAGAGUACGAGGAGUUUGAGGACAAUGGGGACCGCUCCCGGCACAGGACUACAAGGAAUGCUCGCAUGUCGGCACCAUCCCUGGGGCGCUUUGUACCUAGGAGGUUCCUGCUUCCGGAAUACCUGCCUUACGCCGGCAUUUUCCACGAGCGGGGUCAGCCAGGACUGGCCACACACUCCUCUGUCAACAGAGUUCUGGCAGGUGCUGUGAUAGGAGACGGCCAGUCUGCGGUGGCCAGUAACAUUGCCAAUACGACGUACAGACUGCAGUGGUGGGACUUCACCAAGUACGACCUGCCGGAAAUCAGCAACGCCUCCAUCAAUGUGUUGGUUCAGAACUGCAAGAUAUACAAUGAUGCCAGCUGUGACAUCUCCGCGGAUGGGCAACUCCUCGCAGCCUUUAUCCCAAGCAGCCAGCGGGGCUUCCCUGAUGAAGGCAUCCUGGCCGUAUAUUCCCUGGCACCACACAACUUGGGCGAGAUCCUGUUCACCAAGCGUUUCGGCCCGAAUGCUAUCUCAGUAAGUCUGUCCCCGAUGGGGCGAUACGUCAUGGUUGGUUUGGCCUCCCGUAGGAUUUUGCUUCAUCCCUCCACGGAGCAUAUGGUGGCUCAGGUCUUCCGCCUUCAGAAGCCUCAUGGAGGAGAAACAUCUAUGAGGCGUGUGUUCAAUGUGCUGUACCCGAUGCCCGCUGACCAGAGGCGACAUGUCAGUAUCAACUCUGCCCGCUGGCUCCCUGAGCCAGGCCUUGGAUUGGCAUACGGUACAAACAAGGGAGACCUGGUGAUUUGUCGGCCAGAGGCAUUUGACAAUGUGUGCGAUCAGUUCUGGGAGCAAAUGAAUGAGGCCAUCCUGCAGCAUAACACUCCCCGGAGCAGCGAGAGGCCUGGAACCAGUCGUGCUUCUUGGAGAUCAGACAGAGACAUGGGUCUGAUCAAUGCCAUUGGCCUUCAGCCUCGUAAUCCUACCACCUCGGUGACCUCGCAAGGAACCCAGACCCCUGCUCCCCAGCUGCAGAAUGCAGAGACGCAGACCGAAAGGGAGGUGCCUGAGAGCCGCCCUGCACCCCCAACUGCUGAGGCAGGGCCCAGCGGCACAGCAGAGACCCCUUCCAGCAGCUCCGAGGGGGCGCCAUCUUCUGGAGAGUCCCAGGAAGGAAUCCCCUCAUCAUCGGAGGUACCUGGCUCAGGAGAGGGCCAGGAGGAUGCUCUGAGCAGGAUCCAGAGGCUUAUGGCUGAAGGAGGGAUGACGGCCGUGGUGCAGAGAGAGCAGAGCACAACUAUGGCAUCCAUGGGAGGCUUUGGCAACAACAUCAUAGUCAGCCACAGAAUCCACCGCGGCUCCCAGACUGCGUCUGACCCGGCCUCCCGCGCUUCUGCCCCACGCUCCCCACAGCCCUCCACCUCCAGAGAGACGGUGGCAGAGCUAGAACGCCUUCUUGCCCCGCCCCAAACGAGUCAAUUACUCCUCCCCGAGACGCAGUUGCUGACCAAUAACAAUAAUGAUGGUGAAGUCAAUGUGCAGCCUCUUAGUAGUGGCACCUUUCCUGGGGUGGAGAGGUAGAAACACGGACCUGUGAUCCUGGUACUGCUGUAAAGACUGACCCCCCCCCCACCCUGCCUACUAUUGCUGGUGGGGAUUUCAAGCUGAGGACAAUGGUGCUAUAGACUUGGAGGGGAGUCCAUUUGCUAACUGGCCCUCCAACAAGUCAUGGGGAAGUAUAAAGCUUAAAAUGAGAAAUCUCAUUUUGUCUCCUCCCUCUCCCCCACCCCCUCUCUCUCACCCCCUAUGCUCACUUUGCCCUGCUGCCAGCUACGCCAGGGUAGUUAAGUGAAGCCACUGAUGCUUACAGCAAUGGGGUAAGUGUUCCUGCUUCACCCUGAUUAAUAUAUAUAUAUAUAUAAUAUGUUACAAUGUGAGCAAAGAGCCUUAAAGAGUAGCGAGAGGAGGAUCUACGGCUUAUUGCCCCCCCCCUCUCCUUACUGCCUAGUGUGCGUUUUAUUGCAUCCAAAGGAAGACGGGGAGGGGGUAGCUGGCACUAAAUUUCCCUCUGGGUCAGUUUGAUGGCAAGUACAGGGAGCUGCUAUGAGACUGUUACUGCCCUUCUUGCUUUGGCUGAACUCAAGGAGGGAUGCAUGCACUACAAGAAGGGUGGUGGUGGGAUAGGGCCCCCCCUGUCUCUCCGGCGCAUGUGAGUGUGGGUGCCCCGGCCUGCCUCUUCUACAUCUCCACUCAGAGGAGCCUUCGAACUCAGCCUGCUCCCCCCCCAUCCCUGAAUGAACCCAGUGGGCUGAGGGCUGCUGCACUGCGGGCCUAGGCUGUGUGCUGAAUGGGACAUGUGUUGUUUCCUACAGGACGUGAGGUCGUUCUCUUCCGCUCUCCGUAACCAAUAACCAGCCGCAUCACACGCCUGAGUUCUGUUCAGGUUGCCAAAUCCAGAGAUCACGCUGCCAGUGAGACUUUUCGGCGCUCUGCUUCUCAACUUUGGUUUUUUUUCGUUAGUUUUUUUUUUUUGCAAUGGCUAUAUCUUUGUACGCGUACAGGUCUAAUUACCCCCCCCACUUACGGCGAAUAUGUCUACAUUGUAUGUAUGAUUAUAUUGGAUGAAAUGUACCCCCCACCCCAGUCAUCUGUGUAUACAGGUAUCGUUCUGCCCCCUCGUGUGAAUCUGUGAGCCCAAAUGACUUUAUACCUUGCUAAAGGCCAGUAGAGCACCACAUGUGUUAACACUUUCCCUGCCAGAGCUGAUCAGCUGCUUAUAGCCCCCCCCUGUGGGUUAAUACGGGGGCCAACACACCCCCCCCAGGUGUAUCAUGGGCAGUUGGCGCUUUGGCUGACUCGCCUGGGGGCGGGGCCCUCUCAGUGGCACGUGCAUUGGCCAGUGCUUGUAGGCUUUCCCAUGGUUGGCCAAUAAACAGUAUUAAGGGUAAAUGUUACAGAAGGGGCCAGGUUACAUUACGCUCUUGCUUAUACACGUGAGCAGGUUGCCAUCCAUUCCCGAUCUCAGGGCUGUCUCAAGUGUGGGUGCUGCCGGGGGCAAAGCAAACUGCCCACCCUGUGGCCCUACAGCUGUCAAGUUAUAACACCCUUUCAGCCAUUUUGGGUGCUGCACUUUAACAGCCGCUGGUUGGGCAACACCAAUAUAAAGCGUUGCUCUUACCAUUGCUCCUAUUACCUGCACCCCAUUUGAGCAGAUCCUUAUUUGCACCCACUAACGACGGCUCUGACCCUCUCCCAUGAUGCCCUUUGAGAGCCCUGCCUAUGUAACGUUACCCAGGAAGGUCCCAUUGGGGCGGGGGUGUGUAGCUAAAAAGCUCAAGCACAUCAGGCAUUUGUUGGGUUAACUCACCCACAUUUUAGGGGAUACCCCCAUUCCUGGAUAGACCCAGCCCUGCUGUUACAUGGCACUGACCCCCCUGUGAGAAGAGCGAGGCUCUUGCGCUUGUAUUAGUAGCACUGCAGAACUUCGCCCCCCCACUUCAUGGCUUUUACUGCAAAUAUUCCAGAGUGUUGCUUUAAGACCUGCUGUACCAUUAGUCUGAGCUCCUCAUAUACUCGCCAUCAGCGGGCACUGCUGAGAGGCCAAUGCUCCAGUAUUCCAACUUACCCCCCGACAGCCCAUGUUGCGUCUCAGAGCAUCACUCCGGCGCCCCCUGGAACACUUCUAAGAACUGCAGAGCGCUACGCCAGUAGUCUUCAAUGCUUUGUUGGUUUCUUGCUCUUACAGUCUGUGCGACACAUAACAGCGCUGUUGAAGGCAUCAUUCCAGUAACCCAUUGUGACCUGUAGGGCAUGACUCAAUCCAUGUAACGAUUUCAGAGCAUUGCUCCAGUAAACCCUGUGACACCAGUUACCUUGUGUCAAGCCUCGUUUUGUUCCCCCCCCCCCCCCCCCCCCCCCCCCCCCACGUUAGUGUUGUGGCUGCUGUGUGCGUCUGGAUGCAUUGAUGCCCCUUUGACUCCACCAUUAUUAUAGUCUCAGCGCUUGUCCAAGGCCUUCAGUCCAUGAGCUGACACUUCACAUUGGCCUUUGCCUUGUUUUAAUUGGCACCCCAUUCCUGCCUACCCCUGGGGGGGCGCUGAUUUCUUCAGCCGCUGCUGCCCAUACAACAACCGUUUGUUUCUGGCCUCUCGAGCCUCGAUAAUUGGUCUCAGUUGAGGGAUCUGGCAGAAUGAGGGCAGCCAAGACAAGGCUCAUCGAGCCUACAACCUGUCUGAAUUAUGAGCCUUCUGACAAUGACAAUAGCCAAGCGUUCUUACAGAGCAACUGAUAUACAAGCCCAUGGCUUAUGUUUGCUGCUCCUUUAAGUAGGGUUCAUUCAUUCUUAGUGAUCCCUAUUUAAUGGAAAUGGCUUACCUAAAAUUGAGCUCUCCGCAUUCUCCACCAACUUUUCACUGGGAUUUGUAGUUUAAAAAAGGCUGCAAAUUUCUCAUCCCUUGGCCAUUGGUUCAUGUACGUGGACAUCACUUCUAAUAGGGCAAAUCGCCUUGCUCUAGGUUUAUUUAUUCUUAGUGAUCCCUACGUAAUGGCAAUGGCUUACCUAAAAUUGAGCUCUCCGCAUUCUCCACCAACUUUUCACUGGGAUUUAUAGUUUAAAAAAGGCUGCAAAUUUCCCAUUCCAUGCCUAUCCGUUAAUGUACGUGGACAUCAUCCGUAAUAGAAAAGAACCGCCACGUCAGGGUAUAUUCAUUCUUUGUGAUCCUAGCUCCUAGAGUUGGACUGAAAUCGAGCUCUCCGCAUUCUCCACCAAGUUUUAAGGGAGACUGGGAUGUGUAGUCUAAAAGACUGCAAAUUUCCCAUCCCAUGCCUAUUGGUUCAUGUACAUGGACAUCAUUGGUAAUAGGGAAAACCGCCUCGUCCAGUCUUGCUUUUUUAU